AUGAAAACAAUAGAAGCUUCUAUAGCUGUAGAUCUAGAAAGAUAUAGCGAAAAAUACAGCGAUAAUAUUUGUGUUCACGUUGGGGAUUCAGGAACUACGGCAGAAGAUUCAGUAAUAUUUCGGAAGAAAUUAGCAAGUUUCGGGUCAAAAACACUUGUUGAUCGGCGGGAGAUGGCGUCUGAAAAUUUUAUCAUAUUUUCUUGCACAAAUGCUCACAACGAAGUAGUACAGGAAGAUACCGAAACAAAAUUCAUGGACUCCUCUUAUCAGACAAUGAAUACAGAAGAUGCAAAAGGGAUGAAAAACAUUUCUGUGGCUGAUGGGAGCUUCACUCCGUACACAUUUGAUGAAAUAGAAGGAAUGCGAGAAAUCGGUAAUGUAAGAUUGGAAAAUCCAACAUCCCUUUCAGCAUCUCUACAAACCAAAUACAGUGAUGAAUUGACAGAAGUUAUAAGUCAGAGAGAAACUGACGGAAUUCAGCUUGCUAAUCAUCUAAGUGAAAUCGAUGUACGAAUUGAUGGAAGGUCUCAGGCAGGACAACUUUAA